AUGUCCACCUUCCGGAAACCUACUACGACCAACCCGCAAGACUUCUGGCAUAUAAAACGGGCCAGGUGGGAUACGUUCAAAGAAGAAGCCGCUCUAGGUGGCUCGAAGAAGAAAGCUGCAUUGGUGCAACUACGAAGGUGUGAUGCCGCUGGCCGGAUCAUGGAGACGGAUGAAGGUGACAAAGAACAAACUUUCUAUGGAAUACCCGGCUGGCUCACACUGAGUGUUUUUGCAGGCAAGGAUGCUCUCAAACCCUGCUACUGGUGCACUCGAGAACGCAUCUGGGUGCCGUGUAAAGUAUUCAGCACCCACGACGACAUUGCGUGCGCCUAUUGCAAGCUUAAUGGAAAGGGCCGAUGUAAAGCGAAUCCCCCGAAGCAGGAGAGCGACAGUUAUAAUGAGGCCGUGUAUGGUGCUGUUGCGAGGGCACGCAUUGACGAGCUUCAAAAAGAGGUUGCGUCUUUGAACGAGCGCGUUGGUGGACUGGGGAGUCAGCUGUCAAAUCUUUUGGGCUUUUUCAACUCAUAUCAGCAAUGGACGACUUAA